GUCCCGUUGCUACGAAAAGGGUGAAAAUGUCCGACAGCGAUUCAGAAGAAAGUGAUUCUCUAGACCAAGAAAAAUGGCACGACGAUACAACGACAAACAAGUCGGACUUGCCAUCCGAAUAUUGGCAUCUCCAGAAACUUCUGAAGUACAUCAAGGUCGGAAAUCAAACUGCCACAAUAAUCGCCCUGGCAUGUAUGAAAGAUCUUGACUUGAAUUCAGAUAUAGCCUUGUUGGCAAUUAAGGAUAUCGGAGGUUUGGAAAUAUUAAUCAACUUGUUGGAAACAAACGUUCACAAAUGUGUGUUAGGCUCCCUGCAAGUAUUAGAAUCUGUAUCAGAGAAGAACGAUGUAAAAAAAGAAUUGACUGAACUUGGCGCCGUUCCACUUCUUGUCGGUCUUCUCAAAUCGUCUGAACCACAGCUUCAAAGUCUAGCAGCGACGACGAUUUCUUACUUGGCGACUACUUCAAAAGCAAGGAACCUAGUCAGACAUGCAGGAGGCAUACCGAUACUGGUUGACCUUUUAGACGUUCCAAAGAGUUUCCUCACAACACCUACAAGCUCAUUAACAGAUGCUGAACAGAAGAUUUUAAACAUAGUGACUGGCAGUGGAAAAGCACUGUGGGCUCUUUCUUUAUCAAGGCGGAAUAAAGAAUUAAUGAGAAAAGCUGGCCUUGUUUCAAUACUAGCCAGGUUUCUUUCAUCAGUACAUGAAGAUAUUCUACUUUACACUCUUGGGACAAUUGAUGAAUGUUCAUCUGAAAGAUGUUAUCAACUUGACAUUCAAAGUGAGUCAAUGAUUGGUGAUAUGGUUAGAUUUCUUUCUGCGGAAAAUGCGCUGCUAAAAAAGCACUGUGCUUCUGCUAUUUUCAAGUGUGCAGAGGACGAGCACACGAGGAGAUUAGUCAGGGAAUUCGGCGGGCUAGAGCCGCUUGUCGAGUUAAUAAGCAAAGAGGAAAAUAAAGAGGAUAAGGCUCUAUUGUCGGCUGCAACAGGAGCAAUAUGGAAGUGUGCAAAGUCGAUAGAUAAUGUUCGAAGGUUGGAUCAACUUGAUAUUAUAACAGUUCUUGUUGAACUCUUGAAAGAUGAAGAUGAACAGGUAUUAAAAAAUGUUGCUGGAGCCCUUGCCGAGUGUGCAAAAUUACAACACAAUCGAGACAAUAUUGGUAAAAGUGGUGGUAUAGAAGCUCUUGUUUCGUUGUUGAAUUUAACAAAUCGAGCUUUAUUAGAAAAUGUGACAAAAGUUCUUGGAGAAUGUGGAAAUGAAGUUGAAUGUAUGGCUAAAAUAGAGGAGCUCGAUGGAGUAAGAUUAAUUUGGUCACUGCUGAAAAAUAAAUCACCCCGAGUUCAAGCCAGCGCAGCUUGGGCCUUGGUUCCUUGCAUUAGCAAUUCUAAUGACUGUGGAGAGACGGUCAGAAGUUUGGUUGGAGGAUUAGAAUUAAUUGUAAGCCUUUUAAAGAGUAAAGACAAAGCGGUUUUGGCAAGUGUAUGCGCUGCUUUAGCCCAUAUAGCACAAGAUCAGGAUAAUUUAGCAGUAAUAACAGACCAUGGUGUUGUUCCUUUACUUUGCAAUCUUGUCCAUGCUGAAGAGGAUGAUCUACGUGAACACCUCGCUAUGGCUAUAGCUCAGUGUUGUAAAUGGGGAAACAAUUGCUUUGAAUUUGGACGAUUAGGAGCAGUUGCACCUCUUGUAACUUACAUGGGGAGCAAAGAAAGGAGAGUCCACAGGACGACCGCACUUGCCUUGAAUAACAUAUCACAAGACCCGUUCAACUGUGUGACACUCCAUCAUAGCGGCGUCGUACCAUAUUUAUUACAAACGAUUUCAUCAUCUGACGAAUCUUUACAAGAAGCUUCAGCAGGUUGUUUAAGCAACAUAAGGAAACUUGCAUUAGCAGUAGAUCAUCUCAGCAGACUAUAAAAGAACUUCAUAUUCAUCCAUUGCUCCAGUGGAAAGAUAUAUUUUAAAGACAAAUGAAUUUUUAUUGAGUAAGCCAGUCCACAUAUUAAUAUAAGUUAGGAUAAGUAAUCCUGAACCGGCACUGGGUCACUUAUUUAGUCUGUCAUCAUCGUGGACUUGUUGAACUUCUCAACCGCGUUCAGUAGUUCAUCUUCAGUAUGGAACUAGAUUGAGAUGGCACAAUGCCAAAAUACGUUUGAAUAGUUCAACUAACCUGCAAAUGAUCCAAUGCCGGUUCACCAUGAGUUCAUCAACACACAGACAAUAAGUAAGCUAGGAUUAGUUAUUACUGAGGGCUCACCAACCCAGUACUGAACGAAGGAAUGUUUUUUAAAAACCUGAAGGUUGCAGAAAUGCGACAAGCAAUAUCCCCAAUAAAUAACAAAAAAGAAAAAGUUAUUUAUUGAGGGAAAGUUUUCGCAUAUUGGACAAGGCUCAUCAAGCUGAGGGACACCAUAAAUUUGGGACUUUGUCAACUGGACGGACUUUGCAUUACACUGUAAGGAUAUCAACAAAGGACCAGAGAGCUACAUAAUAGAAGCACUCUAGAAUUACAACGGGUUGCAGGACAACCAGGUCAUGACCAAAGCUUGCAAGAAGGGCAUUCCUUCCCCUCCGUCCUUGUUGGGAAACCAAUAUAAAAGGGAUUAGAUUGGGAAAAGCAAAAAUGGGUCAGUCAGACAGACAUGACUAUCGAGGGUCGAUAUGAGUCAGAGUCAACUGUCAAAGAGCAACCCAAUUCAGGGUGAGUUGACUGUUCAGUGCCUGGGCAGCAGCAGAAAGGGCAGACUCAGUCAGAGGAUUCAGUCUGCUAGAGUCAGAAAGGGGACAGGCAAACAAGUCAAAACAGUUGACUUGCAACGAGCGGCGCGAUAUAGGAUGUCAAUUUGUUUGCAAAGCAGAAUAAAGGAUAGACUCAAUCAGCUAGAGUCAGAAAGGGGACAGCCAAUCAGACAAGUCAAAUAGAGUCGACAGUCGAAGAACAACAUGAUGGAGGAAGUCAUUUUGUUUGGAAAGUAGUAGAAAGGAUAGAACCUCAGCUAAAGUCAAAAAGAGGACAGCCAGAUGAGUCGACUGUUGAGCGUCAAGGCAAUAGCAGAAAGAAGAAACCAGGAGUAGCUGGAAACUGUGGAAAAUUGUGUAGGUGAGCACCGUUUGGGUUAAGUUCAUUUUCUGAAUAAACUCACCCCUAGAGUAGAGUUUUGUUUGGUUGUUUUUGUGUUCAUUCCAUUCCCAUUUGUACAGUGA